AUGUCAGAGUCGCAUCCGCAAUCCCGGCAUGCGUUUAUCCCGGAACGUGACAUCUACUGGAACGAUCAUCUUUACUGGCCCUAUAACCAUAUCUCAGGCAUCCACCCCCUUGCCCGAGUCAGCCAAGACGCUUCCACAUCAGGCCCCAACGGCGACCAUCACGACGGGCCAACCUGCCCUAAGUGCAACCUCCGUCAGGCGACAUCUAGGCAUGUUCACAGCACACAUCCGCCGGCCGAGGCUAUUCAAGAUCCGCCUCCCCAGAUGAUGUCCAUCUGCCCAGCGUGCGGGGUGCCUGUUGAGACUGAGACCCGGCCUUGCGGCCAUGUUUUCCAGGAGCACCGCUGUUCUAGCCGCUCGCCUACCCUUGUUCUCGAUGACAGCCUGUCCGAUGCUUCGAUGGAGGCUGUGAUGGGAGCAAGUCAGUCGGAAGACCCUGCGGAUUACCAGCUUCUGUACUGUAACAAACACUCGUGUCCAGGACAUCCAGUGGCUUUCGUCGAGGACACCAUGGUAGUCCUAUGA